GUCGUCCUCAUGAUUCUUGCACGAUGUCUGUGGUCGGUUUGUAGAGGAUCCUCAUUCACAAGAAUUGUGUUUAAGCCUGUAGUGACGCGUCGCACUCUGCAAAUGGCUGCUGCUAGACCUCUAGACUUUAAUGCUGGUCCAAUGGUAUGGGUGGAUUGCGAAAUGACGGGAUUGGACCCUCGGAAGGAUAAAAUCUUAGAAAUUGCUGUUCUCAUUACUGAUGGGAACCUUGAAUUGGUGGAUGAAGGCAUACAACUCGUGGUUCGCACAGAGAAAUCGAUUCUGGAUGGAAUGGAUGAGUGGUGUAUAAAUCAACAUGGCCGGUCCGGCCUCACGAAAGCUUGUUUGACGUCGCCAUAUACCAAGGAUUAUGUAUCUCAAGCAGUGCUUGCGUACAUCAAGAAAUGGAUUCCUCAACAGAGGACCGGUGUAUUAGCAGGCAACUCAGUUCACGCUGAUCGUUCUUUUUUGGUCGAGGAAAUGCCAGAAGUUGUGGACUGGCUUCAUUAUCGGAUCAUCGAUGUAUCUUCAAUAAAGGAACUUUGCCGCAGGUGGUAUCCCACGCGUUCGCCUCCUCGAGAAACAUAUUCGAGAAACAGUCACCGAGCGCUCGAUGAUAUCCAAGGCUCGAUAAGAGAACUCCAGUGGUACCGUAAAAACAUUUUUAUUGAGCAGGAUCCUCCGAAGUUGUCGUCGUCGCCUCGUUCGUUGAGGGAGUGAGGCAUGCGCCAUCAGAUCACAUGUGGAUUUAUCCCUCAGUCUGAUUUUUCCGGGAUGAAGUCCUUCUUCCACUUUUAUGUAGGGUUUUUCAGGAUAGUACUAGUAACUACACUGAAAUGUUACAACAUGGGGAGCUUGUACACGGUAUUCUAGGCUUCUAACGUAUAUCUAUCUAGCCAGUGUCAUAGAUGGUAGCACAUGCUAUUCAUAUUUCAUACCG